AUGUCUAGAAAGAGUUUGAAAUCAAUGAAGAAUGAAAAUCAAGAACUGCAGAAACAAAUUGGAUGUAUUAGUGGAUUUUUUCAUAUGUUUGACCGUCACAGAUUCCUCACAGGCCAGAGCAACAGUCACAACAAUAUACCAACUCAAGGAGGAACAAGUAAUAACAUCAAAGAGCUGAAUAAUGCAACACAAAAGGCAAAGAAUGUGAAGGUUGCAAGAGAGAUUCAACAAUCCUCGACAGAAUCGUCGUCAGGAACAUCGAUGUUUUCGUCGUCUUGUUCAUCUAGCAUGUCAUCCCUCGAGUUUAAUCGAACAGUACAGAUAGAACCUCCACCGUCGGUAACUCAAAUGAAAAUCAACGAAAACUCGAGUUCAGAAGGAGCAUUGGAGCAAUGUGAGUACGAAAGACGGGAGUCGCUUGAUUUCCACGAUAUUGUCAAAGACUCCAUGCGUAUAGAUUCACCAAGGUUAUCAGUGAAAACUCUGGUUAAACAGGAAAAGAAGAGUCGAAUACUGAAAAACGUCGACUCUCCACGGCCUAUGACUGCUUGGGAUUCGCCGAGACUCUCUUAUGAUGGGAGAGAUAUACAAAGUACAUUAAAAUCUGCGACAAAGUUUAAGGAGCUUCCUAGGCUUUCCUUGGACAGCAAGGAAAGAUCAAUCAAAAGUUUCAACGAAGGAACGAAAACUCGGCUGCAGAAAGUGUGUGGAGCCUCCAACACAAUUGGAAAGCAGAUAGAAGAACCCGAAAGUGCGAAAAGACCAUCGAGUGUUGUGGCAAAGUUGAUGGGAAUAGAAGCAUUCCCCGACUGGAACGAGACUUGUGACAGCUGCAACACCAACAAAAACGAGAUGUUUGUCGGGUCUAGGAAGGAUGGAUCGAUCACGAAUGUGACACCAUAUUCGCAAUUUUCCAAGAGUAGUGAAUCUUCAACAAAAGCAUCAAACCGAUCCCUCUCGGUUUACGGUGAAAUUGAGAAAAGGAUGGCAGAUCUAGAGUUCAAAAAAUCCGGAAAGGAUCUUAGAGCUCUUAAACAGAUUCUUGAAGCAAUGCACAGAUACAAAGAAUCAUUCGAUACUACAAGUGAUCAGGCUUCGAAUUCUCCAUACGACAAUAGGAGUAAUAGUAGUGUCAGUGAAAGCUUGAGUGUGAAAAGCCCGAGAACGCCGCAGAAGAACCCGACAUUGAUCACUGUUGAGAGGCCGAACUCAACUCAGGGUAGUAAAUCACCAAUUGUCAUCAUGAAACCAGCAAAGGUUGCAAGAAAAACCAAUUAUUCUUCGUCAACAGAAAGUUCAAUUCAUGGUAAAUCAUCGAGUAGCAAGGUUUACCGCGGUGAUGCUACCAAUGUCAAAGAUCCUCGAGAUAAAAGCAACAAGAUAACUUCAAAAUUGAUCCAAUCCUCAAAAGUUCCUCGAGUCGUCAUUGCAGAAAACAACACCAGCUCCAGCAUGAUGGCAGAGACCAGAAGUCCGAGACUACAAAAAAAGUUCGGUUUGGAGAGACGUUCCCCGCCAACUAGCCCGUCAUCAGAUAUCAGCAGUAACAGAAGACAGCAAAAUAAGCAAUCGACGGAAUUGUCUUCCCCGAGUAAAACAUCUAGGCAAAAAUUCUCUACUUCAAAGGAAAGAAAUGAAAGUUUCAGUGAGAUCAGCUAUCAAAGGAGGGAAUUUAAGCAAGUUGAAGCUGUUUCUAGCGGUGAUACAAAAGACUCGAGCAACGAAAACUUUAUGGCUGAAACAAAAGUUACUGCAGAACAACCUAGUCCUGUGUCUGUUCUCGAUGCUUCAUUUUAUAGAGAAGAUCCACCUUCUCCGGUAAAAAGGAAAUCAGACAUCUCAAAAGAUUUAGAGGAAGUUUUGAACAAUUGUGGUAUUAGUGAAGAGGACUCAGAAGUUCUUGCUCUUUCAUCGAAUAUGAACACAAAAGUCAACUUCUGCGACGGAACCAAUGACAUUGACUUGAUAACUUGUAAUUUGGUUCAAGUUCUUCAACAAAUUGACGACAGUGAUGAUGAAAGACUCAAGAAUUUCAGCAACCACGAAGAUCCGGACCACAGAUAUAUAUCAGAAAUACUACUAGCAUCGGGAAGGCUCACCAGUCCCGGCUCUAGCAAGGCAUUGCAUUUGUCGGGUCACCCGAUCAACCCAACAUUGUUUCUUGCACUAGAGAAAAUCAAAACAAACACGAAUGUCAACAUUGGGCAGACAAACAACACUCAAGAGAAGAUGCAAAGAAAGCUCGUAUUUGACGUGGUUAACGAAAUUCUAUCUCGAAAGCUAAUAAUCGAGAGUUCUUACAAGCCAUAUCAUCCCGAACAAAGAAAACCAGAAGGACAACACCUUUUGGACAUGGUUUUCACAGAAAUCGAUAAAUUACAGCGUAAUAAUAACAACGUCGGUCUGGCUAAUGAGGACGAGUAUUUGACAAGUAUUGUUUCGGAAGAUUUGGUGCAGCAUUCUGCAACUACAGAAUGCUACAAUGAGAUACCAAAUGUUGUGUUGGAUAUUGAAAGAUUGAUCUUCAAAGAUCUGAUAACUGAAGUUGUGAGAACUGAAUAA